AUGAACGUCAUGUACAAGAACGUAGUCUUUAAAAGGUAACACUUAAAGGCGCAUGAAUCUACACACCUAUCACACCAUGUAAUGACGGGUUUAUAGAGUCCUACGCAGACAAGGUCGUUUGGGCUCGUCACGCAUGAAGAUUGCGUGACGAGCCCUAAGGACACCUCCUUGUGAGUAGUAUGCUAGCUUACAGGAUAAGACUUCAAAGGUAGUGUUUUGCAGACAUAACAUGACUCAACCGUCUCAAUGUCCUCUUCAUUUUUUUUUCUCCUGCGAACCGCCGGUCGCAGUCAAAUUUCAGCGUUCGCUGCUUUGCUGGAGAAGCUUUUAAGGAAGGAAAAACGUUUGGAUUUACGUGCUAUCUCUUGAUUACGAGGAGCCUUCCGGCUUUAUGAAAUUUAUCCCAGUAAAACGUUUAAACAUGGUCACGACCAUCGCACAGAGUUUCCGUAUGUAAAAUUUCAAAUAAACUUUUUGUGUAUGGUUCUUAAAUGAAGAGAUCUCGACCCUUAAACGAGGUUGAAAGUGUCAGAAAUACAGGUGCGCGACCAGGAUCAAUUAUACAAUUCUCUGUAUCAUCUCGAUUCGGGGGCCGUUACAUGGAUAUAAGCAUUUCUUUUUAGGCCACUGCGAUAAUCCCAAUCGUCCGGAUCAUCGCGCAUUGCACCAGAGCUGUUUCCAUGGGACAUGUAUUAGGGCGAUAGCAAUAACCUGAAUAGAACUCAAGUCUACGUCUGAAUCAUCUCGUUCUUCCCUAAAAAUCUAGGCAAUCGAACAGAUCUGGGCGAUUAUAUAAAGGGUUCCUUGUGAUCCAGAUGACUCCAUAGGUACGUCAAUACUUUCUACUUUUUCAGCUUUAUUUUGAAAUAUUGAAGUUAAUUCCAUGCGCACAUUUUUCCCCAUAUAGGAAUAUCACUGACGUUUCGUUCAUGAUUUUGAACAUGAAAAGGGCCGCCGCCACAAUCUCCAAGUUGACUACCAGAGUCUCCUUCCCAGUCUACCAAGAGCCAGUUUCGCAAGAUAUCAUGGGAAUGCUAGGUGGUGCAAAAGACGAUAUACUGAUUUACGAUCGGUGCGGACUACUAGUUAAGCACUUCUCUAUGCCAUACAGCUACCUUGGAUGGCCAUUCGUCAGGUAAAUUGCAUCCUCAUAUGAGUUUUGAAGAUUCUAAGACGAGGACGAGAUUACGUAGACAAGAUUUUUGCAGCACUAGGUAGUGCGUGCACGUGAACCAGCGUCAUUUUGGCGGGAAAACGUGAUACCACACCCCUCUGUAACAGAACUAGUGGAAUCUGUAUCUUCACUGGGUUCUCGGAGGAAACGUCACUGGGUUGGUUUAUUUUCCGUGGAAUAAAGCCGUUGUUAUCCUACUACGAGUUUUUUAGCGAAAAUGUCUUAGUGACUGAAAAAAGUUAUCAAAUGUUAUAAGUUUUAUCAUUUUGCGAUCGGGAUUGGACUUAACCUCCUACAAUGAAAAUAACCGUGCUAACUUUUCUGGUACAAAGAAAGUAUAAUGUGGCUUUCCGGGGUGCCUAUUUCUUGGGAAUAUGGCAAACAAAAACCAAAUCUCGUCCUCGUCGUUGUUCUAAUCCUUGAAUCUGAAGGUGAUCAUUUUAGUAGCUAGGCAGAUGCCUGACCUUUGCCAUGAUCGAACGCAACUUUCCACCAAGCUUGGCCAUUUUGUUGGUUAGUUGUUUGUAGUUUGCUUUUAAUUUUGCCACCAUUGACCAAAUGUGAUUUACAGAGUUCCUGAAAGAACUAUAUAUCGGAAACUGGCGAGAAAGCUGAAAACAAAACAAAAAAAAACACAGGCAUACACAAUAGCUUGGACUUCUAUGACUGAUGUUAACUUUCAAGAUUAAUUGGCCUGCGAAUACAGCCAUUCUUCUCAUCGCCCUCUACCGUGACGUCCGUUAGGGAAAUUUCGUGAGAGUUACGUGCCUAGGUUCCAGGGGCACCCAUCGUCAAUUUUCGGAAAACAUCUGUUCGGAAGACGAUUUGAGAUCUAGAAUUUUCGGAACAUUUGUUGUAAAAUUUCUUGUUUGCCUGUCUCUCCUAGAAUUUUGGAACAUCUAAAAAAUGGUAUAAGAAUUUUCGGGAGCCUUUUUUCUGGCUGAAAUUUUCGAAAAGGUAACUUUUGAUCACCAUAAGUUUCGGAUCACUAGACUUUCAGCUGGGAAAUCCGAACAGAUGGAAAAUUUUUAGGGGAUAAAAAUAUGCCUAUAUCUACUGUUUAAAUACUAAAAUACUUCUAACAACGCUAUGUUUAAGUGGUUUUGAACUAUAUUCUCGUUGGGUGCCCCUGAGCUUCCUUGGCCUCAUUAUUCCACGCGACCUCCCCACCGUUCGUUUCAGCUACUUCACCGAAAUACUUUUACCGAGAAAGCCUGGAAGGACGCCGUACAGGGACUAGGGAAAGAAAGGGGACGUCUCCCGAAAUGUUCGUAGCGGCGGCAGUGAGGGGAAGAGCGAUAAAAUGCGGUAUUAAAAAAAAAAGCGAAAAGAAAGAAGAAGAAGAAAAACCAAAACAGAAAAGAGAACAUUAAAACUAGUAAUGAUUACUAGGAGAAUCGGCAUGGUAGAAGUUUCCCCAGCUUAACAACGUUUAUUUCCUAAAUAAGUACAAGCCUGUGUAAGACGGAAGCCGUUGGGAUCGGUACAAAGUUUACAUUGUGGUCAGGUGUCUGCCUUAUAGAGUGAGAGUAAUGCAAAAUGACCGUAAAAUGGCGGGGGCCAGCUGCUCCUUGAUGUCCGUUCCAGGAAAGUGUCCGCUUGUGGAGUUGUCUGUUUAUUAAAAGAGUUGUCUGUACUGGUUAAAGGGCUGAAAGCAUUUAUUUUGUUUCAGAAACUCUUUGUGGGAAGUUAUUAACAAUCCAUCGAAAUGCAAGCAAUAUUGUCCCGUCACGACCACGCCCAGUACCAAAAACUCGUCUCCCAGCACCGCUGUGACUACUUCCUUAAACAAGAAUACAAUCAAUCCAAGUUCAUUAUCAUCGUCAGAGAGUGGGAAAUCACAGCUCGAACGUCACAGCACUACUGCCUCGUCGCCUGUGACAAAGCAAGAGGGUUUGAACAACAGCAGCGAUCGGGAACAAAACUAA